AUGAAAUUCCUACUAUUCGCUGCACUCGUUGCCAUUGCGGCCGCUCGCCCUUCAAAGAGUGGCACGCUCUUCCCUGAGUCCGCAGGACCCAUAAUUCAAGAACCAGAAAAUAUCAACACCAACCCAGCUCUGGUUGACGAAACCGAGACCAUCAACACCAACCCAGCCCUCGUUGACGAAACCGAGAACAUCAACACCGACCCAGCCCUCGUUGACGAAACCGAGAACAUCAACACCGACCCAGCCCUCGUUGACGAAACCGAGAACAUCAACACCGACCCAGCCCUUGUUGACGAAACCGAGAACAUCAACACCGACCCAGCCCUUGUUGACGAAACCGAGAACAUCAACACCGACCCAGCCCUUGUUGACGAAACCGAGAACAUCAACACCGACCCAGCCCUUGUUGACGAAACCGAGAACAUCAACACCGACCCAGCCCUUGUUGACGAAACCGAGAACAUCAACACCGACCCAGCCCUUGUUGACGAAACCGAGAACAUCAACACCGACCCAGCCCUUGUUGACGAAACCGAGAACAUCAACACCGACCCAGCCCUCGUUGACGAAACCGAGAACAUCAACACCGACCCAGCCCUCGUUGACGAAACCGAGAACAUCAACACCGACCCAGCCCUCGUUGACGAAACCGAGAACAUCAACACCGACCCAGCCCUUGUUGACGAAACCGAGAACAUCAACACCGACCCAGCCCUUGUUGACGAAACCGAGAACAUCAACACCGACCCAGCCCUCGUUGACGAAACCGAGAACAUCAACACCGACCCAGCCCUUGUUGACGAAACCGAGAACAUCAACACCGACCCAGCCCUUGUUGACGAAACCGAGAACAUCAACACCGACCCAGCCCUUGUUGACGAAACCGAGAACAUCAACACCGACCCAGCCCUUGUUGACGAAACCGAGAACAUCAACACCGACCCAGCCCUUGUUGACGAAACCGAGAACAUCAACACCGACCCAGCACUCGUUGACGAAACCGAGAACAUCAACAUCGGCCCAGCUCUGGUUGAUGAAAACGAGCCAAUCUCAACUGACCCCGCUUUGGUUGACGAAACCGAGAACAUCAACACCGACCCAGCCCUCGUUGACGAAACCGAGAACAUCAACAUCGGCCCAGCCCUGGUUGAUGAAAGCGAGGCAAUCUCAACUGACCCCGCUUUGGUUGACAAGCCCGUUCCAGCUGGUUCUCCUCUUGUUCAAGUUAUCAUUAACAUUAAGUCCGCCUCAAGCCCAGCUUUCAAGCCUGAAGCCAUUGACAACAGCCCCGCUAUUAUCCCUGAAACUCCCAUAAUCCCAGACCCAAUCAACAUUGGCCAACCCGAUCUUCCUCUCAUCCCAGACCCAAUCAACAUUGGAAAUCCCGUUCUUCCCGACUUAGCCAUGAACCUCCCUGACGAACUUCACUAA